AUGACAAUCGUCAAAUACCUCACAAGUGUCCUUGAAGUGACACUAGCGGCAACAGAUGAAGAGCUGAGAGGCCCAGGAAGUCUUCUACAUGAUACCGUCCUGGACGAUACAUUAGCGAGAUGUGUGCGAUUCGCGUUGGAGUCGCAGCUGGCGCUUUACGUCUUGAAGGAAUCACCCGCAUCGAUGUCGCUCUCGAAUGGACACAUAAAUGGGAAGGAACGUCACGAGCCACAUGAUACAUACAUCCUUACAUCCGAGUUGAAGUAUUCGGCGCGGACACUCGGCUGCGUGGCUUUUCUCAAGAGACCGGCGCCAAUCGUGCCAGGCGUUCCUGUUAGCAAGCAAGUCUCUGUGGUGAACUUCUUGCUGCCUGGAGCUCCCGGCUCCGCUGAAUCGACCGUAUCGCCAUACGAGAGCUUGCAUGGUUUCGUGCGCGGCGCUCUUGGCCCCUUCUUCGAGGCCACAGCCGGUGGGUCAUCAUCAGCGGGUGACAAUCAGCGAUCGGAAGGGGAGGUUCGCCCAGGAGUACCGAGCACGAGGAAAAAGCUGGCAGAUCUCGAGGUGUCCCUUCAGAGCCUCCAACAAAACAUCGAAGUCGAAGGGCCUCGGUUCCAGAUUCACCAAGCUGUCAUGGCACAGUUAGCUGAAGCGAACGGAGACUGGAACGCGGCGGCUAAUCAGAUUCCCGAGAACAUUGUCACCGACAGCUCACUGCUGAAUCGACUUCAAAACAUGGCCAACGAGUGGAUCAAGCAGAUCCGUGAGUUCACCAGAAUCAAGGACGAUCGAAAAGUUGGCACGACGUCUCAAGAGAAGAACUUUUGGCUCGCAAUGGAGAACGCAAUAGAAGGAAUCGAGGCACAACUUGAAAGCGGCGGCGUGAUGCUGACCAUGAAGAUAUUGGAGAAGGCCAAGCGACACGGCAUCACCGCGAGUUUCUCGUCAGACACAAAGCUCCAAGAUACCAAGCUAGACGUGCAAAAGUACAUGCAGCUGUUCAAUGGCUUCCCUAUCGAAGAGCUCCUCUCGGCGGUGUCCGUAGAGAAGGUGCGAGAGGCUCUGGAUGCCAUUUUUAUUCAUCUCAACAAGAAAAUGCGCAUCUGUCUAUACCCAACUGCCAGAGCCCUGCCCCUUGUUCAGGCGAUUUCCGCCGAUGUCGACGCACGCCUGCACCACCUUCUGCACGGACGGACUCUGAUGCACCUCAGCUUCGAAGAGUUCAGAAAGACGAUUGGUAAUGUCAAUCGAGUGUGGUUCUCCUGGGACGAACACGUGAAGGACUUCACCAAUGUCGCCCGCGAGGUUACGCGGAGGAGAAACGACAAAUUCAUUCCCAUCAAGAUCAUCAAGCAGCACGAGAAGACCCAGAAUCGCAUCAACUACAUCUACAAGUUCCGCGAAGAUCACAAUCAGCUGCAGAAGACUAUUGCGAAUGUUCUUGGGCCCGAUGAUGAGUCUCUAGAUUUGUCCGAGGGGGUAUCAGCACCUGUCAUUGUGGAGGAGAUGGGCGACGUCGAUGCUGCCGAGGAGAUUGAGCAGGCGUACACAGCUGUCAAGGACGUCGAUGCUCUUGACAUCUCGGAGGAAGGCGAGCGGCUGUGGACGCAGGCUGAGGCGGCGUACAACGAGCGCACAGCACGAGUAGAGAACUCGAUCAUCGCUCGGCUUCGUGAUCGCCUGGCUGUCGCGAAGUCCGCAAACGAGAUGUUCCGCGUCUUCUCCAAGUUCAAUGCACUGUUCGUGCGACCAAAGAUCAAGGGUGCCAUCGCAGAGUACCAGGUUCAGCUGAUGAACAACGUCCGCGAUGACAUCGACAGUCUGCAACAGCGCUUCACUCACCAGUAUGGACAAUCGGAAGCUCAUGGCAUGGCUCAGCUCCAUGAUCUUCCUCCAAUAUCGGGAGCCAUCAUACGCGCGCGGCAGAUUGAGCGCCAGCUCAACAACUAUCUCAGCAAGAUCGAGAACAUCCUCGGGCACAAAUGGAAGGAGCACACCGAUGGCCAGCGCCUCUACAGUCUCGGUGAAGGAUUUCGGAGAAAGCUGGACACCAAGCCAAUAUUUGACGACUGGCUUCGAGACAUCGACCGCCGGCAUCUUUCCAUCGCUGGCCGACUUUUCGCGGUGACACAUAACAGGGCACGAGGCAACGUUUUGGAGAUCUCUGUGAACUUUGACUCUCAAGUCAUCAUUCUAUUCAAGGAGGUGCGGAACCUGCUUUGGCUGAACUUCAACGUGCCUCAUGCCAUCACCAAUGUCUCAAAGGAGGCCCGGCGAGUGUAUCCCUUCGCCGUCAGUCUCAUGGAAAGCUUGAACACCUACGCGCAGACCGGCCUGGUCAUUGAGGGCAUGACGGAUGUCACCGCACUGCUCAGCGGAUACAGAAAUGCGGUUCAGAGUUUCAUCGCCAAGGGCACUGCAAUUAGAUGGGAGACAUUCGUUCUCGCCUAUGACGUUCACGCCCGUCAAGUUGGCGAAGGCGGCUCGGGCGAUGACAAACUUCAUGUGCAGUUCGUGCGCAAUCUGGGCAACGCGAUCGCAACUCUCCAGAGCAAGACAUCUGCCCUGUCCGCAGUCCAAGUCACCGUCGAUACCGCUCUCCGAGAGCUGCGGAGCUGCCCAUUCUCGCCUGAAGCAUUCACGUCCCAUCUCGAGACCUUACAGCGAGCGAUUGAUCAGCUCAAUCUUGAAGGUUUUGCCAACAUCCCUUAUUGGGUCGCUCAAACUAACAAUAGAGUUGUGGAGAUUCUUCAUGCACGACUCCAGCAAGCAUUAAAAGACUGGACAGAGGACUUCGAGCACGGCUUCGGUGCCGAGCAGAACUCUCAAUCGGAAGUCGGAUCUCCCAACAUAGAUGUAUUCGCACACGAUAUUGUCAUGCAGAGUCAGAUCAUCCAGCUGGAGCCACCGUUGGAGGAUGCCAAAGCUGGCUGGCUCGGCAACCUCCACGCCUGGCUUGGGACCGUCUGCAGUCUCCCGAAGCUCCAGGCAUCGCGCUUUGAGAAUGCAUUGACGGUGGGCACAUCGGCGCCUACGAUAACAUACUCGGAACUUGCGAUCAUGUCCAUGGGUGCCCUUGCGAGCUUAUAUGAGUGCAUUGAGAAGAAGCUCAGUGUAGCGCAGCGCUACGUCGACGAAUGGCUGCAAUUCCAGUCAUUGUGGGACCUCCAAAUGCAACAGAUCCAGGACGACCUGGGCGAGGAGCUCGAUUUGUGGUUGCAACUGAUCUUGGAAAUUCGACAAAAGCGUGACACCUUUGACACAUCCGGCAUGCGCCGUUCUUUUGGCCACCUGGUCAUCAACUAUGAACAGGUUCAAUCCAAGGUCAACGCCAAAUACGAUCAGUGGCAGCACGACCUGCUGACCCACUUCUCUACCAUGUUUGCCACCCGUCUCGUGGAUGUAUACACCGAGCUCCAGCGCGCAAGAAAAGCCCUUGAAGGUCAAUCUAUGCAGGCGACAUCGACUUCACACGCAGUGUCCUUUAUCACAGUCGUGCAGACCUGUAAGCGUCAGACCAAGAUAUGGGAACCUGAGAUGGAGACGUUUCGCCAGGGACAACAGACCUUGUCUCGCUUACGAUUUCAAUACCCCAAAGACUGGCUAUACGUCGAACAGGUCGACCAUGAGUGGGCAGCUUUGAUGGAAGUCUUGGACAAGAAGAGCAAGCAGAUUGCCGACCACACAGAGGGCCUGCGCGCCAAGAUCAUCGCUGAAGACGGCGUCAUUUCGCGCAAGAUUGCAGAAAUGACCGAGCGAUGGAGAGAGCAGCGUCCCGAAUCAGGAUCGAUACCGCCAGCAGAAGCCGUGUCCACCCUGGAGAGUUUUGACACAGACUUGACACAGCUGCAAGAACAAUCGGAGAUGGUGUCUAAAGCAAAGGAAGCGCUUGAGCUUCCCGCGAGUCCGGACAACAUGCUGGCUGAUCUGUUGACUGAGGUCCAAGAUUACAAAUCUGUUUGGGCAAACCUGACGGGUGUAUGGGAGCAGUUGAGCGACAUUCGAGAACAGCCGUGGAAUAGCGUCCAACCUCGCAAGCUACGCCAGGCGAUUGACAAUCUCAUCAAGACGACCAAGGAAAUGCCCAGUCGCAUGCGCUCAUAUGCUGCGUUCGAGCACCUGCAGUCUGUGCUUCGCCAGCUUCUGAAAGUCAACCCUCUUCUGACGGAGAUGCGCUCGGAUGCUGUGCGCGAGCGACACUGGGUUCGCAUCUUCAAAAACCUACAGCCAUCAAAGCGGUACUCUGCGCUCUCUAUGACCUUGGGAGAUGUCUGGGAUCUGCAGCUCGGCCCGAGCGAAUCAGUGAUCCGGGAUGUCAUCGCCCAAGCACAAGGUGAGAUGGCCCUCGAAGAGUUUGUUCGAUCUGUGCGAGAACACUGGCAGAACUACUCUCUUGACCUCGUCAACUACCAGCAGAAGUGUCGCCUGAUCCGGGGCUGGGACGACCUUUUCGCCAAAUGCAGCGACCAUCUCAAUUCUCUCCAAGCCAUGAGGCACUCGCCCUACUACAAGGAGUUUGAAGAGGAGGCAUCGUCGUGGGAGGACAAGUUGAAUCGUAUUCACGUACUGUUCGAUGUUUGGAUUGAUGUGCAGCGCCAAUGGGUGUACCUCGAGGGCGUCUUCACUGGCAAUGCCGACAUCAAGCAUCUGCUUCCCGUCGAAUCCUCUCGAUUCGCAAACAUCAACAGCGAGUUCAUGAACGUUCUCAAGAAAGUUUACCGCUCGCCGCAAGUGCUCGAGGUCCUCAACAUUCCCGAUGUGCAACGUUCGCUCGAGCGCUUGGCCGAUCUAUUGAACAAGAUCCAAAAAGCUCUCGGAGAGUAUCUCGAAAAGGAGCGUGUUGCGUUCCCGCGUUUCUACUUUGUUGGAGACGAGGACCUGCUUGAGAUCAUAGGCAACAGCAACGACACCUUGCGCAUUGCAAAGCAUCUGCGGAAGAUGUUUGCCGGCCUCUCCGGCCUCGUGCUUGACGAAGAGUCGAACAUUCUCGGCCUGACAUCAAGAGAAGGCGAGGAGGUCAUGCUUCGCACGCCGAUCAACCUGGUUGCGACUCCGAAAAUCAACGACUGGCUGCGGGCUUUGGAGAAUGGGAUGAGAGAAACCCUCUCUGAGUUGCUGGUCGAGGCUGUCGACGAGUAUGGCAACCUCGAGGAAGACAGCGACAGCGCGUUUGAAGGUUACAUCGACAAGUACCCUGCGCAAAUUGCCAUUCUUGCUACACAAGCUCUCUGGACUUCUCGUGUGGGCGCAGCUCUACAGCAAGGCGGUGCUGCUCUUCAGAAUCUCUUCGAAACCCAGGUCAGCAAGCUCAAGUUCCUUGCGUCAUCUGUCCUGCGAGAGCUCGAGCCCGUCUACCGCAAGAAAUGCGAGCAUCUCAUCACCGAGUUCGUGCACCAGCGCGAUACAAUCGAGAAGCUCAUUCAAGGUGGCGCCGACUCGCCAACCCACUACCUGUGGCUCCUGCAAAUGCGUUACGACUUUGAUCCCGCCGCUGCUCCACUGGAUCGGCUGCAAGUCAACGUUGCCAACGCUACUCUGGCGUAUGGAUUUGAGUAUCUCGGAGUGCCCGAAAGACUUGUACGCACGCCCCUCACCGAUCGCUGUUUCCUCACGCUCAGUCAGGCGUUGUGUCAGCGACUCGGUGGCUCGCCAUACGGUCCUGCAGGUACCGGCAAGACCGAAUCGGUCAAAGCUCUGGGCGUUCAGCUUGGACGGUUCACUCUGGUCUUCAACUGCGACGACACUUUCGACUUUCAAGCCAUGGGUCGCAUUUUUCUCGGUAUCUCUCAAGUCGGUGCGUGGGGUUGUUUCGAUGAGUUCAACAGACUGGAAGAGCGCAUUCUGUCCGCCGUCUCCCAGCAAAUCCAGAACAUUCAGGUUGGACUUCGGAAGCGCGCACUUGAUCCUAACGCGCAGAUCGAUCUUGUUGGCCGUCAACUCAAGGUGCACCCGUUGACUGGCAUGUUCAUCACCAUGAAUCCGGGAUACGCUGGACGCUCAAAUCUCCCCGACAACCUGAAGAAGCUUUUCCGCAGUGUAGCCAUGUCGAAGCCCGACAAAGAGAUCAUCGCGGAGGUCAUGCUGUUCUCACAAGGAUUCUCAGAAGCCAAGACGCUUUCUAGACAGACUGUUCCAUUCUUCGAUCAAUGUGCGGCGACUUUGUCGAAGCAGCCGCACUACGACUUUGGCUUGCGUGCGCUGAAGAGUGUACUGGUCAGCUCUGGAGGUCUGAAGAGGACGAGAAUCGCUGUCGUCGGGGCAGAAGGUGCAGACACUGUUGUGGAACCUCAGAUCAUCGUUCAGAGCAUCCGAGAGACGAUUGCGCCAAAAUUGGUCAGAGACGAUGCGCUGCUGAUGGCGCAGGUCGAAGCCGAAGCGUUCCCAGGAGUCCAAUACAUGCCAGCUUCAUUGGAGGAACUGCGAUCCGCAUUGGAAGAAGUCGUCAAGGAGCGCAAGCUCGUCGCUACGGACGCCUGGCUGACCAAGGUCCUACAACUGUACCAAAUUCAGAGCCUCCAUCACGGUGUCAUGAUGGUUGGAAGCUCUGGUACAGGGAAAUCGACCGCUUGGCAGGCUCUGCUUGCCGCGCUUCAGAAAGUUGAUGGCAUCGAAGGCGUGUGUCAUGUCAUCGACCCGAAGGUCAUGUCCAAGGAGAGCCUCUACGGUACGUUGGACAGCACGACUCGCGAAUGGACCGAUGGUCUCUUCACCAGCAUUCUGCGGAAGGUCGUGGACAACCUGCGAGGUGAAGACGGAAAGCGUCACUGGAUCGUCUUCGAUGGCGACGUCGAUCCCGAAUGGGUCGAAAACUUGAACAGCGUGCUCGAUGACAACAAGCUGCUCACGCUUCCCAACGGUGAGCGGCUUGGCCUGCCGAGCAAUGUCCGGGUCAUGUUCGAAGUUGAGACGUUGCGGUACGCCACUCUGGCCACUGUCAGUCGUUGCGGUAUGGUAUGGUUCAGCGAUGACACAGUCGACAUCGAUGUCAUGCUGUCCAGAUACCUGGCUCAGCUUCAGACGGCCACAUUCGAGGAUCUGGAGGAAGAUACCGGCACGUCCACCUCGACUGAAUCGAGACUCGCCGUCCAGGGCCUCAUGGCAGAGAUCCUCAGCCGAUGCCUGACUCAGAGCAACUUUGUACUGAAAGCUAUUGAGCAGUGCAUGAACAAGCGGCAUAUCAUGGAGUUUACGUCAAUUCGAGCGAUUGGCACGCUGUUCUCCCUGCUCCGCAAAGCAUGCCGAUCUGUGCUGGAAUACAACAUACAACACACGGACUUCCCACUGGCCGACGAGCAAAUUGAUGCCUACUUGUCGAAGCAAGUCCUCCUUGCCGCUGUGUGGUCUUUCACCGGAGACUGCCCUCUGCUUGAUCGCAAGGCAUUUGGUGAUUACCUGGCGGGCGAGGCGACUCUGGACAUGCCCACCCUGACCGACCAAGCCUCUCUCAUAGACUACAAGGUCACCCUCCCCAACGCCGCCUGGGCUUCGUGGCAGGACGAUGUUCCAACGAUCGACAUCAACACCCACUCCGUUACGCAGACCGAUCUUGUCAUUCCCACUCUAGACACUGCCAGACAUGAGGACGUUCUUUACUCAUUCCUUGCGGAGCACAAACCCCUUCUGCUCUGUGGUCCACCUGGUUCUGGUAAGACGAUGACGCUGUUCAGCGCGUUGCGCAAAUUGCCCAACAUGGAAGUCGUGGGUCUCAACUUUUCCAGUGCAACCACUCCCGAUCUUCUGGUCAAGACACUAGAGCAGUACUGUGACUACAAGAAGUCGCUCAGUGGCGUCACCAUGGCUCCUCGGCAGAUCGGACGCUGGCUCGUCGUAUUCUGCGACGAGAUCAACUUGCCAGCUCCGGAUAAGUACGGCACACAGCGCGUUAUAUCCUUCUUGAGGCAGCUGGUCGAGCAUGGCGGUUUCUGGCGGACAACCACCAGAAGCUGGGUGAAUCUGGAACGCAUUCAAUUUGUGGGUGCUUGCAAUCCUCCGACUGAUGCUGGACGUACUCCGCUCGGUUUGCGAUUCCUACGACACGCCCCACUCGUCAUGGUGGAUUACCCUGGCGAGCUGUCGCUGAAGCAAAUCUACGGCACAUUCAACAAUGCCAUUCUCAAGAUCGUGCCCACGCUUCGUGGGUACGCAGAUGCCUUGACGCAAGCAAUGAUCACGGUCUAUCUCGACUCGCAAAAACGCUUCACUGCAGAGAUCCAGCCGCAUUACAUCUACUCGCCGCGUGAGCUGACCCGAUGGGUGCGCGCAAUCUACGAGGCCAUCAAGCCUCUCGAGACUUUGUCGUUGGAAGGCCUUGUGCGUAUCUGGGCACAUGAAGCAUUGAGACUGUUCUCCGAUCGUCUUAUCGACGAUUCUGAACGUCAAUGGACCGAGGAGACCGUCAAUCGCGUCGCCAACGAGUAUUUUCCCAAUCUCGACCAAGCAGUGGCACUUCAGCGCCCCAUUCUCUUUUCGAACUGGCUUUCAAAGAACUAUGUGCCUGUGGCGCGCGAACAGCUUCGAGACUUUGUCAAGGCACGCCUGCGGACCUUCUGCGAAGAAGAGCUCGAUGUUCCACUGAUCCUCUUCAACGACGUCCUGGACCAUGUUCUUCGAAUCGACCGCGUCUUCCGACAACCUCAAGGUCAUCUCAUCCUCAUCGGUGUAAGCGGCAGCGGAAAGACUACGCUCUCACGCUUUGUCGCCUGGAUGAACGGUCUCGCCGUAUUCCAGAUCAAAGUGCACGGCAAGUACUCCGCCGAGGACUUCGACGAAGAUCUCCGGACUGUCCUUCGCCGAUGUGGCUGUAAGGGAGAGAAGAUUUGCUUCAUCAUGGAUGAAUCGAACGUGCUAGACUCUGGAUUCCUGGAACGCAUGAACACGCUUCUCGCCAACGGCGAAGUCCCUGGUCUCUUCGAAGGUGAUGAGUACGCAACCCUUAUGACGGCUUGCAAAGAAGGCGCACAACGCCAGGGCCUGCUCCUCGACUCGCAGGAGGAACUGUACAAAUGGUUCACCCAGCAGAUUGUUCGCAAUCUGCAUGUCGUCUUCACCAUGAACCCGCCAACUGAAGGCCUUUCCUCCAAAGCAGCUACGAGUCCGGCCCUGUUCAAUCGUUGCGUCCUUAAUUGGUUCGGCGACUGGUCUGAUCAGGCCUUAUACCAGGUUGCUUACGAACGCACUCUCGCGGUUGACAUUGAUCGAAGCAACUUCAAUGCGCCAGACAGCCUUCCGAUUGCCUUCGACCAGCUGGAAAUGCCACUCAACCAUCGAGACGCGGUUGUCAACGCCAUGGUGCAUGUGCAUCAUUCGAUUCGCUCAUUCAACGAUCGCCUGAAGCGUCAACAGAACAAGACGACAUUUUUGACGCCUCGACAAUUCCUGGACUUUGUUGAGCAAUUCGUCAAGCUUUUCAACGAGAAGCGCGAUGAUCUUGAAGAGCAGCAACGCCAUCUCAAUGUCGGUCUUGACAAACUUCGCGAGACUGUUGACAAAGUGUCGGAGCUGAAGAAGAGCCUGGCUACCAAGAAGAUUGACCUCGAAAAGAAGGAUGCCGAAGCGAGUGAGAAGCUUCAGAGAAUGGUGGCUGAUCAACGUGAGGCCGAGCAACGCCGCGCAUCAUCACUCGAGAUCCAAGCUGCACUUGAAGUCCAGGAGCAGGAAGUCGCCAAGCGUCGAGAGGUCGUUAUGAGAGAUCUCGCCAAGGCAGAGCCUGCUGUAGAGGAAGCUCAGCGCAGCGUCAGCAACAUCAAGCGCCAACAUCUGACCGAGGUGCGGUCCAUGCAGAAUCCUCCCGCUGGUGUCAAGCUGGCAUUGGAGUCCGUCUGCACACUUCUAGGUCACAAGGCCAACGACUGGAAGACAAUCGUCAGCAUCGUGCGUCGCGAUGAUUUCAUCGCAAGCAUCGUCGGCUACGACAACGAGAGACAGAUGACACCUCAACUCAGGAACAAGAUGACUGCCGAGUACAUUUCCAAGGAAGAGUUCACUUUCGAGCGUGUGCAGCGUGCCAGCAAAGCCUGUGGACCGCUCGUACAAUGGGUCGAAGCACAGGUCAACUACUCCGAGAUCCUCGAUCGUGUCGGCCCACUUCGCGAGGAGGUCGAUACCUUGCAGGACGAAGCCCUUCAAACCAAGGCGGAAGCGAAGGCGAUCAUGAACACUCUCACCGAGCUGGAGCAAAGCAUUGCAACCUACAAGGCGGAGUACGCUUCGCUGAUUAGCCAGACCGAAGCCAUCAAAGCAGAGAUGACUCGAGUGCAGUCAAAGGUCGAUCGCAGCAUGCGAUUGCUCAACAGCCUUUCUUCGGAGCGUGGUCGCUGGGAAGACACGAGCAAGACCUUUCAAGUUCAAAUGGAGACCAUCAUUGGAGACGUAUUCCUUGCGGCUGGAUUCUUGGCAUAUGCCGGUUUGUACGACCAGCAAUAUCGCCGAGCAAUGGUGGAGGACUGGUCGCUUCAACUGUCUUCCUCCGGCAUCGCGUUCAAGUCGCAAAAUGCUCUGUCGGAGUAUCUCUCCACUGCGGACGAGAGGCAGCAGUGGCAUGAGAAUGCCCUGCCAGUCGAUGAGUUGUGCACUGAGAAUGCCAUCAUGCUGAAGCGAUACAACCGCUACCCACUCAUCAUCGACCCAUCCGGCCGCGUCACCGACUUCCUCCAGAAUGAAAGCAAGGAGCGCCGUCUCACCGUCACCAGUUUCUUGGACAGCUCGUUCGUCAAGCAAUUGGAGAGCGCACUGCGAUUCGGCAAUCCGAUCCUCAUCCAAGACGCGGAGCACAUCGAUCCCAUUCUGAACCAUGUACUCAACAAAGAGACGCAGAGAACGGGAGGACGAGUCUUGAUUCAGCUUGGACGGCAGGAGAUCGAUUUCUCGCCCGCAUUCAAGCUUUAUUUGUCUACCAAAGACCCAUCGGCGGCAUUCGCGCCCGACAUCUGCAGCAGGACCACCUUUGUCAACUUCACGGUGACGCAGAGCAGUCUGAAGACGCAGACUUUGAACGAUGUCCUCAAGUCCGAGCGUCCUGAUGUCGAUGAGCGCCGAUCCAAUCUGGUAAAGAUGCAAGGCGAAUUUACGCAACGCCUGCGAGGUUUGGAGCGCAAGCUUCUUCAGGCCCUCAAUGAGUCUCGCGGCAACAUUUUGGACGACGAGAACGUCAUCGAGACUUUGGAAACACUCAAGAAUGAGGCCACGGAGAUCACAGCCAAAGCAUCGGAGACAGAAGGAGUCAUGAACGAGGUCAACACCAUCAUGAACACCUACGAGAUUAUUGCCCGCUCCUGCUCUGCAAUUUUUGCGGUCCUGGAACAGCUCUACCAUGUGCACAGCUUUUACCAAUUCUCGCUGCAGUACUUUGUCAACAUCUUCGAAUUCGUUCUACGGACAGCCCGCGAAUCCAGCGAGAGGGACUCCAAGAAGAGGAGUGAUUCGAUCGUGCGCUCUCUGUUCGGCAAGACGUACCGCGAAACAUCAGCGUCACUGCUACAGAAGGAUCGCCUUACCUUUGCGGUGCUUCUGGCUCAAGCAGCGCCUUUCCCAAUGGACAAGACGUUCCUGGACACCUUGCUCGACGAGAAGAUUGCUGGCGGUGAUGUGUCUUCUGUUCCUGAGCAAAAGGAACAAGGCGUCGCUUUUGCCUCGCGUAUUAAUGGCCUGAAGAAUCUUGCAUCAGAUACCGACUCUCCCGAGUGGGCCAAGUUCUUCGCCGUCGAAGAAGCCGAGAUGCACGUUCCUGGCGCAGCGCAGUUCAGUGGCAAUGACAACGACAAAGCCCUGAAAGAGCUUCUCCUCGUGAAGCUCUUCCGCAUAGACCGACUUGUGCCGGCGACAGAGCGUUUCAUCACCGCGGUCUUUGGCCAAUCCUUCCUGGACGUUGCCGAAGACCUUGGCCGCGUGGCUCGAGAGACUGUUGCCAGCUCUCCAAUCGCACUCUGCUCAAGCCCUGGAUUCGACGCCAGCUACAAAGUCGAUCAACUCGUCGAGCGCACGCAGGCCAGCUGCACAAGCGUAGCCAUGGGCUCCAACGAGAGCUUGGCAAGCGCCGACGCCGCUCUUGCUGGUGCAGCAGCCAAUGGAUCCUGGGUGCUGAUCAAGAACGUUCACCUCGCAACGGAAUGGCUGCAGAACCUCGUCAAGCGCAUCGACGCACUCAAGCCGCACAAAGACUUCCGCCUCUUCUUGUCGAUGGAGACCAGCCCAAAGAUCCCAUCCAGCCUGCUCCGCGCCUCCCGCGUCCUGAUGUACGAGCAGCCCGCCGGUAUUCGCGCCAACAUGCGCGACUCUCUCACUUCUCUCCCCGAGAAAGCCGUCCAGCAACCCGUGGAAAAAGCGCGAGUCCACUUCUUACUCUCUUUCCUCCACGCCGUCGUGCAAGAGCGUCUCCGCUACGCACCCCGCCUCGGGUGGAAGGGGUUCUGGGAAUUCAACGACGCCGACUUUGAGUGUUCUGCAUUCAUCAUCCAGUGGUGGAUCGACAACCUCGCUCGUGGUCGGUCGAACGUGGCGCCGAAGUCCAUUCCUUGGGACAUGCUCCGCGCGUUGAUCUCGGAGAUGUACGCCGGCAAAGUGGAUGAUGCUGGGGACAUGCGGGAGUUGAAGACACUGGUCGAGAAGACGUUGACGGCGGACGCAUUCGAGGAGGGAUUCAAUCUGAUUGGAGAAGUGGCCGAGGACAAAUCGGUGGGUGCGGUGUUGCCGAGUGGUACGGGCAAGGAGGUGUUUUUGCAGUGGGUGAAGGAGUUGCCGGAGCGAGAACCGCCGACGUAUUUGGGACUGCCGGCGAACGCGGAGAAGUUGUUGCUGGUCGGGCAUGCGGAGGAGAUGCUGAAAAACCUGAAGACGGUGAUGGGGGUUUUGGAUGAAGGGGAGCACGUCAUGGCGGAGGCGGUGGAGGUGGAGGAGUAG